UCCUACUCCUCUAUAUAUGGUUUACUAAUAUAAGUUCAAGUUUCGAGCCAAACCAUUUUAACACAACUCUCUCGUCGUAGUACAUGGUUCAAUUUGUAAAUAAGUAAUUGAAGAGGUUUCUCCACUCGUUACAGUAUGAAGCUAAGACAAGUUAAGGGUUCGGCAAUAUCCGGGCUGUUUUAUUGUCUACUGAUCUUCGUUUUGGGACAAAAGUUAGAGGGCGGAAACGCCGCAGAAAGUGAAUGUGGUAGGCAGCAUGCCGACCUGGGUUCUCGCGUUUCUGUGCCCGGUGACGAUCACGAAGCCCAAUUUGGAGAAUUUCCCUGGAUGGUUGCAGUACUUAGGAAAGAAAAACACGAUGGUAUCGACUUGUCGGUUUAUACAUGCGGAGGUUCCCUCAUUCAUCCUCAAGUAGUGUUAACCGCCGCACACUGUAUGGCCGAUGUAGGUAAGGAGUAUAAAGCACGUGUGGGUGAAUGGGAUGUACAAACAAAAGCGGAAAUCUAUCCGCAUCAAGAUCGAAAUGUCACAACUAUCAUUGUACACCCUGAGUACAAACGAAAUCCGUUAUUGUACGACUUGGCCCUUUUAAUAUUGGAUUCACCAGUGACAAUAAUGGGAAACGUUGAUGUUGUUUGUUUACCGGAUAAAAAUCAACUGGUUGAUAAUAAUUUAUCGUGCGUUUCGGGCGGCUGGGGAACCAAAGGCAAAUUCUACAAUCUGCUACAAAAAGUUGAACUUCCAAUAGUAGACACGGAGUCUUGCCAAACGAGGCUUCAUACAUCCUUGGGAACGCAAUAUCAAUUGCACGAGUCAUUCCUUUGCGCCGGCGGAGAUCCUGGAAAAGACAGGUGUAGAACUGAUUUUGGUAGUCCUUUAGUCUGCCAAUUUCCUGAGAAGAAAGAUAAAUAUUUUCAAGCCGGAAUAUUGUCUUGGGCAUUGGCCUGCAGUGAAAGCUCGGUGCCCGCUAUGUACUCUAGUUUAGUGAAAGCAGUGGAUUGGAUUGAUAAAAUUAUGAUUGAUAAUAACUUUAGUACAUCCGUAUAUAAGAAUUGAAUGUAGAUCUGGAUUAUUUUUGCAUGCUAAAGUACAUCUAAUUAUCUAAUAUUGUAACAUUGUAAACUAACAUCACAUUUUGUAAUAAAUAUUACCCAAAAUCGCCUUGAAA